AUGAUCAACAGAUCGCUUCUAUCAGGUGUACUCUUUUUCAUUGUUAAUUUUGCUCUGGUAAUCAUUUCAUCACAACUUCCUAAUUAAUUUUUUUUUUUAUUUUUAGGCUUAUCAGAAAGAGCUUUUUGAAACGCUAAGAUUUAAACCAAGUGAUAUCACAAAAGAAACCAUAUUAAAACUUCACAACGAGCUGAACGACGAGUUCUACAGCCGCAACAAUCGAGAAUCAAUAGUUCAACUGGUUUAUGUAACCCCUGUAUGUAAUUUCCUGUGAAAUGCGUUUUGAAGUUAAAUACGAAAAAAACAUUAUGUGCAUAACCACCAUUUCAGUGGAACAAUCAUGGAUACACACUAGCAGAGAAAACAGUACAUAAAUUGACACAUAUUUCGCCAGUGUGGUUUCAGGUUUUAUCAAACAAUUUUCAUACAUCACUUUGUUUUUCCAGGCAAAACCAGAUUUCCAAAACAAAGAGUUGAUAGGGUGUACAAUUGAAGGAUCUCAUGACAUCGACCGUGGUGAGUAACUUAACUUGCCAUGAAUAAUCCACUUUCCGGCUCGGCUACAACAAUUGGGCUCUAUUCACUAAAAAAAUAUUGCGAGUUAAAAUGUUCGUAUAAAACACUUAUAAAAAUUCUUCUGCCAAAAGUGUUGGCGGAAUAAUGGGCAAAAGAAUUUGCAUAAUUUUUUUGUUUAUGCAAUCUAAUUAGACACAUUUUGCUCAGUCAAUCUAAUUAAAAAAUUUACUAGUAUAGUUAAUAAUAACUCAUUUAUUCACUUCGGUCACCAGAAAAACUUACAGGAGAAGAGAGGGAAAUAUAGAUAGUGGGUGGAGGAGGGAAUAAUGACUAAAAUGACGAUUGGCCGGCAAUAGCCAUAGUUCAAGUAGAAUACAAUAUACAAGAGGGAAUCUUUUCUAUGCGCGUCGCAAAAGUCUCAGGAGACAGUCUUUCCGGAAACAUUUUGGCCACUCGGUUCCAUAAGGCAAGAUGGGUAUGCAAGAAAGAGUCAUUUAGAAGAAUUUGCAAUCUAAUUGCAGUAAAUUAGCAAUCUAAUUGUUGUGUUCUCAGGAAAAACACAAAGCUCUCUAAAGCUAUUUAUUUUUAAGCUACUUAAGCUACUUAAAAAUAACAACAGAAUGCUGUGUAAGCUCGGGGAAAAUCUAUCCAACUGAAAUAAUGACAAUUCAGCUUGAUGUGUGAGAAAGUGCUUUCUCAGGCAAAUUGUUUGUAAUCUAGCUAGGAGAUUUCGUAAUCUAAACCGAGUUCCGAAUCUAGCUAGGUGAAAAUGGAAUCUAAACUAAACCUAGCUAGAUUUGACUGUAAAAACGAAGGCGCGAUCUCGGAUCGCGCCAGCAGACAUAAUUGUUAAUCUAAUUAGAAAAAAUCCGAAUCUAAAGUGAACCUAAUUAGAUUGACGGUAAUUUGAACAGAGCGUGGGAAGACACACCGUUUUCGAUCGAUUUUGAACGUUUUUUUAAGCUGUCAUACUAUUAUUUUUACAUUUUUGUGCAGAAAUGUGUCUGUUUCAGACGGCAAUCAUGCCACGUGUGAAAAUAACAACUCGAUCGGUUCUCCGCACGUGCAUGAGUGAACCGACAGAAUCUUGUGCAGAAACAUCGCGCGAAAACAUGAAUUCUCCGAUUCAUUCCUCAUGUUCAUCCGACACUUGGUCCCAACGUUCCGAUUCGGGCAGCUAUCAGAAUUCGAAGAAGACUGCUACACGGAAGGAAAAAAUAAGGCGAUUAUGGACGAUACGAUGAAAUACGACGAGAGAAGCUUGUAGUUUUCUGAACGUUUUUUAUUAGCGAAAUGAAACUGCGUGUUUUUCAGUGGCAUCGUGGACAAAACUGAGUGAUGAAGACUUGAGUCGAAUGUACUUUCUGCUGUCGACUACCCAAUCAAAAAGAGGUUUUUACUUCGAUUUCGGAAUGCCCGGACUAUUUUUUCAGCGAAUUCGAGACAGGCGCGUUCGACGACCCGGUCAGUUUGAAAACCCGGAUUUCCUCUUCAUAUUAACGAGUUUGCAGGCUCGAGGAAAAGUUUUUGGCCUCAAAGGUCACUCGUCCAAAGGAUCUUGUGCCUCUUGCCUGAACCAAAGUACCAGAUGCAAAGGAAAUUAUGGAAAUGUAUUAAAAAUGCGAAUUUUUAGUUGAUGAAUCGACACAACUGUUGCUGCAAAUCUUCCGUCUUGAUUUAGACAACUUUCCGACCGGCACAAAGAAAUUACUGGAUCCGAAAGAACUCAUGUACUACUGACGCGAGCACAUUUGAACCGCCGAAGUUCAAAAUUUCUUUUAAUUCAUUCAUUUUAUACUUUAUAUUCUGUUGAACUGUUAUUCGUUGUUGUUUUUCCAAUAAAUUUGUGGAUUUUUAACGAGAAAAUUUUGAAAAUAUGGCCAAAUCUAAUUAGGAAAUAUCUGAAUCUAGUUAGGAAACUUGUUAAUCUAACUAGACGAUUUGCAAAUCUAAUUAGGUGAUAAUGCAAUCUAAUUAGGGCCGGUUAGGAAUACUCUCGACUCGGUUUAGAUUACGAAAUCUCCUAGCUAGAUUACAAACGCUUUGCCUGAGAGAGAGAGACGCAGAGAACGCGCGCCGUGUGUAAGCUCGCGCCACACAGUUGCUUACGGUUUUAAACUUGUGGGUCUGCACCCAACACUAAUUACAGUCGGUUAUAAACGAAACAAUAUCCCCCCUUAAAAAAUUUUGAAGCCACGUGGAUCAAGUUAUCAGAAAAGUUGAGAAACGCACAAAAAACAUUAGGAAAAUUAUCAAAACUGGAAAAGGAAGCAAGUUUUUCCGGUUUUUUUGUCAUUCACAAUUAUUUCCUAUGCCAAAGUACACCGAAAUUCUCACAUUUCGGUUCCUACAGUCCGACCUGGACAAUUAUUGGCUUCAAACUAAAACGAAUUAAUCCAAAAUUAUGAAUCUAAAUUAAGCACACGUUCAAAACUAAAAAUGUUCAGAAAGUGCAAAAAUUGAGAAAAAUUGUGAAAAAUCAAUAAAACUAAACUAUUCGAGGUGAUGAAGAGAUGAUAACAAUUUUUCUGUCCGCACAAAAAAUGCUUUAAAAGUUGCCAGGAAUCGAUUGGCGUCAAGCCUGAGUGUCUAAGAGGUGGGCUCAGGGAGGAAAUCACUUGGUCAAGAGUAUUUUUUGCGGGUACGAUUUGCUAAAAAGAGCGCCGCGUCAAUUCACUACUAAAUUCACGUAGAGAGAGGCAGAGCGCAAUUGCCAGAUUUCGGUGACCACAGCAACAAGAUGAUUAAAAAAAAUGGUCAGAAAGCAGAAUUGUUGAACACGUUCUCAGCAGCUUUGCAAGGAACUGUGGCAGCAGAUUUCGCGUACUUGCUGCUUGAAAGUUUCAACGGUGUGCCAAGUUUAUUUCAGAUUGGAUUGAAAGGCUGCGCAACAAAAAUCCAAAGAUCAAAAUUGUUCCGCGAAUUUUGUUUGACGGAUGGGGACGCGAUGAAAUUAACUAUUUAUUUGUCAAUACUCAAAGCGCAAGCAACUGUAUCAAAGCAAUUAUAAACUUCUUCAAGGUUUCUUUUUUUAAAUCGUGUCCACAUGAACGUUUACAGCGAAAUGAAUUUGACGGCGGUGUUGUUGAAAUGUACAUGCAAUCUUUAAUUGCGUUGCAAUCAUUAGAAGAAAAGGAGCUUGUAAUAGAAACUGUUACUGCAUUGUCCGUUAGCAUGAAAAAGGCAGGACUGCAAUCAAUACUAACGGUACCUGCACCAUUGGAGUACAAUCAGUAGGUGUGAAUUGUUUUCUCUAAAACCAUAUUGUUUUAGUCAGCCAAACAAUCUUAUCAGCCCAGAAGAAUACAAGAAACUUAUUGAUGCAUCCGACUUUGUUCAGGUAUUUUUAAAUUAAGAUGCUUGAAUUGUAUGCGGUGGUUCGGAGUGUGGGCGAGCCUGGGGUGCAACAGUGGUAAUUACCCGCCGAACGGGGCCACCAAUUACUUGGAAGUUUAUAUAAGGGAAAGGGCCAUUAUAUACUUGCUCUCAGAGCUUUGAAUAUCUUUUGCCGAGUAUGGUCACACAACUUCAGAUUGACCCACCCGCAUACCCCACUGGUUUAGUGGUUGCAAGGCAGUGGUCAUCGUGAUUCAGCCAGAAAGCGGGUAAGAAAAGUAGAAAAAGAAGCAAAAUGGGAGGCCUUGGAGGAGAGAGAGAGGGGGGACUGUUUAAACUAAAGAAUUGUGACACAGGGGAAGGAAUAAUCCAAGCAAGUAAAGACAAACAUCAUGAUUGAAACGAAUUAGAUAAAAGGGAAAAAGAGUAUGAAUCUCCAAAGAAAUUUCAUACAGUGCUCGAACUAGGCUGUAUACAGAACCGAUUUGCAGAUUAUGACUUAUGAUUAUCGCGGACAAACACCCAAGGGAGUGGCUCCACUUGACUGGGUAAGCCUAGGAUCGACUGGGAUCUUGUAAAUUCUUAUUGUAGUUUGAAGACUGCCUGUACUACUUACGUGGUGGAGGCUCAAAGACCAUGCUGGGACUAAACUUUUACGGUUACGAGUUUUCGUCAAGAAAACUGAACUCAAUUCUUGCUGACAGGUUUUUUAAAAACUAUUCAAGCUGAAAUUUAAUUUUUUGAAGGUUUCUCAAGCAAUUGGAAAACACGCAAUCGGUUCUAGAAUUUGACCAGUCGUCAAUGGAACAUCGACUUCAAACAAAAUCAUCGAUAAUCUAUUUCCCUUCUUUGACAUCUCUUGAACUCCGACUCAAUAUGGCUCAUCGAUAUGGAGCUGCAAUUGCCAUUUGGGAAUAUGGUCAAGGAUUGGAUUACUUCACAAACUUACUUGUCUAA